CAAAAAAAGAAAAGCAAUCCAGGCAGUGGCGCAACAUUCGAGCUUCAUAACAAGAGUGGAGGCGAGGGCAGUCACGUGAACAUUCACCUCACUAACAGGAAGUUAGUCGAGGCAGUGUAGGAAGGCUGUUGAGCUGGGUUUGAGUCUCGGGCAGCGAGGGAGGGAGAGAGAGAGAGAGAGAGAGGAACCUUGGGGAAGACGUACAGUUUGCGGCCUUGCUGACUCACACAGACAGAUUAAAAACAAAACCAGGAAGCAAGCCGGCGGGAUUGCAACAUUUGAUUUAAUCCUCUCUUUCUCAUGAGAGGUCGAUGCAGAUGAGAGUGAAUAUGGACAAAUGCUGAAGCUGAAUUAAGUGCUGGCCUGGGUUGAGGACUGGGCUGAGCAGGGCUGGGCUGAACUUGGCGAGGGAGAGAGCUGGGCUGGGGGCUGGACAGCUUGGGGUGGGGAGGACAUGGCGCUCUGCCCUUGCACUUUGAAGCCCAGCGAGGCGGAGCUGGAGAGGUCUGUGUCUCCCGCGGGGCCGGGGCUGUGGAUUCACCUGUACUGGAGCCCGGAAGGGGAGCGGGACCUGGUGCUCACUGAGGGCGAGGUAACAGCCGAGGACAUCUGCAUCGCAGCCGCACAGAAAUGCUCCAUCUCGCCGCUGUGCCUGAACCUGUACGCCCUGUGUGACCUGCAGGAGAAGCUGUGGUUCGCUCCCAGUCACGUCUUCAAGAUCGACCACGACCUGAGUCUCAGCCUCCACUUUCGCAUGAGGUUUUAUUUCAGGAACUGGCACGCCAUGCUGGAGCAGCAGCCUCGUGUUCACCGCUACUCCCCCAGGAAGAGCGACUCCCAGUACAGCCCCGGCAAACCAGAGCAGGGCAGCCCGCUGUUCGACCACACCUCCCUCAGCUAUGUGUUCGCACAGGGGAAACAUGACUUUAUUCACGGCGUGGCCCCACUUCGGGAGCCACAGACGGAGCAGGAUCUGUACACCUUCCGCAACGAGAGCCUGGGCAUGGCCGUGCUCCACCUGUCCUACACCGCAGUGCAGAGCGGCCGCACGCUGGAGGACGUGGCCAAGGAGAUCAGCUUUAAGCGCUGUAUCCCGCGCUCGUUCCGGGAAAAGAUCGAGCACUACAACUCUCUGACCAAGCUGCGGCUGAAGCGAGGCUUCCGGAAGUUCGUGCGUACGUUCAACCUUCCGACGAGCAGCGCCGGGCGUGUGAUCCAACACGACAUCAUCUUCAAGUACCUUUCCACCCUGGAGAAUCUGUGCUGCCACUUCGGGGGCGAAGUGUUUCGUGCCCCCCGCCUGGAGGUCCUGCCCGAGAGCAGCCGCUCGGCACAUUACAUCAACAACCGCUGCCCACCACCCACCAGCCCCCUCGCACAGCACUGUCAAGUCCUAGUGUCUGGCAAUGAGGGCAUCCAGUGGAGGGUGAUGAGGAAAGAGAAGCCGGUGACAAUGAAGAAGUGUGGGUGGCGAGGCCGAGAGGACGUGAGCCGCAAACUGAACUCAGUGGGCGAGGAGCGAGAGCAACCGUGGAGCAGCUUCUGCGACUUCAAGGAGGUGACGCACGUGGUGAUCUCCAACAACAGGGUGUGCGUCCAUCGUCAGGACAACAAGUGCCUGGAGCUGGAAUUGGGGUCCCACAGGGAAGCCCUGUCCUUCACAGCCCUGAUUGACGGCUACUCGCGGCUGACCACAGAUGCCCAUCACUACCUCAGCCAUGAGGUGGCCUCUCCCAGGGUGGUCCUGAGCAUCAGCAACGCCAUUCACGGGCCCAUGCAGCCGCACUAUGUGACCAAUAAGCUGAGGCGAGAGGAGAAUAAGGAGGGGGCGUAUGUACUGCGCUGGAGCGCCCUGGACUUCAACAAGAUCAUCAUCACCGUCGUCAGCAAAGAGAAACCUGAGGAGUUUAAGCAGUUCCAGAUUGAGAGGAAGGGGCCGGAGGUGUAUGUGCUGCAGGGCUGGGACCGAAGCUUCCCCAGCCUCAAGGAGCUGCUCGACAGCCUCAAGUUCUGCGUCCUCAAAUCUGGGCCUGACAGCUACAUCAUCAGGAAGUGCUGCCCCCCCGUCCCCCACGAAUUCUCUAACCUGCUGGUGGUGCGGAGGCCGGACAGUGAGCUGCGGCCACUGACCGUACAGCUAAACCUGAGCCAGCUCAGCUUCCACCGCAUCCGCAAGGAGGAGAUCGUACAGGAACACCACCUGGGUCGGGGGACGCGGAUGAACAUCUACUCGGGACGGCUGUGCGUGCGGGAGGACGUGGACGAUGAGGACCUGGAGCAGACGUGCAGCUUGGGCAGCCAGCUGGCCCGAGACAUCAGGGUGGUCCUCAAAGUGCUGGACCCCAGUCACAGGGACAUCGCUCUGGCUUUCUUCGAGCUGGCCAGUUUAAUGAGUCAGAUCUCUCACGCUCACCUGGCCUUUGUGCACGGAGUCUGUGUGCGAGGCUCUGAGAAUAUCAUUGUGGAGGAGUACGUGGAGUUUGGGCCUCUGGAUGUGCUGCUGAGGAAGGAGAAGGGAAAUGUGUCUACAGAGUGGAAACUCACUGUCAUCCAGCAACUGGCCAGUGCCCUCAGCUACCUGGAGGAUAAGAACAUGGUGCACGGUAAUAUCUGCGCCAAGAAUGUGCUUGUAGCGAGGCGAGGGCUGGAAGCCGGGAGCAGCCCCUUCAUCAAGGUCAGCGACCCUGGCAUCAGCUUCUCCGUCCUCACACGGGAGGAGCGGGUGGAGCGUAUCCCCUGGAUCGCCCCCGAAUGUGUGCAGGAUGUGGGCAAACUAGGCCUCGGCACCGACAAGUGGAGCUUCGGGACCACUGUGCUGGAGAUCUGCUACAGUGGGGAGGUCCCCCUGCGAGAGCGCACACUGUCAGAGAAGGAACGCUUUUACGAGAUGAAAGGGAAGCUUCCGGAACCUUCCUGCAAGGAGCUGGCGGAGCUGAACAGCCAGUGUCACAGCUACGAGCCAAACCUACGCCCGUCUUUCCGCACCAUCAUGAGGGAACUCACCUUACUACAGCAGCAAAAUCCUGAUAUCACAUGUGACAGUGCGGUGCCCGCCAUCACCGACCCCACGGUCUUCCAGAAACGCUACCUGAAAAAAAUCCGGGACCUCGGAGAGGGCCACUUUGGCAAGGUGGGGCUGUACCUGUAUGAUCCUGACAAUGACGGAACGGGGGAGGUGGUGGCCGUGAAGUCGCUGAAGUCGGAGUGCAGUGUGGAGCUCCAGAGCAGCUGGAGCCGCGAGAUCCAGAUCCUCAAAGCCCUGUAUCACAGCAACAUCGUCAAGUACAAGGGCAGCAGCAGCGAGCAAGCGGGGCAGAUUGUGCAGCUGAUUAUGGAGUACCUGCCGUUGGGCAGCCUGAGGGAUUAUCUCCCCAAACACAGUCUGGGCCUGGCUCAGCUCAUGCUCUUCGCCCAGGAGAUCUGUGAGGGUAUGAACUACCUGCACUCCCAGCGCUAUAUCCACCGGGACCUGGCGGCCAGAAAUGUGCUGGUGGAGAACGAAAACGUGGUGAAGAUCGGGGACUUCGGGCUGGCCAAGGCCAUCCCUGAGCACCAGGACUAUUACCGUGUCCGCGACGACGGGGACAGCCCCGUCUUCUGGUACGCUGUUGACUGUCUGAAGGAAGGAAAGUUCAGUUUUGCCUCUGAUGUUUGGUCGUUCGGGGUCACGCUGUACGAACUGCUCACUCACUGUGACACCCGACAGAGCCCCCCAGCGAAGUUCCUGGAGAUGAUGGGAUCAACGCACGGGCAGAUGACAGUGCUGAGGCUGAUCGAGCUGCUGGAGAGAGGGCAUAGGCUCCCCUGCCCUAAGAUGUGCCCCACGGAGGUUUACCAGCUGAUGAGACGAUGCUGGGAGAAGGAUGCGAGUGAACGGCCCAAGUUUGAGGAGUUGAUCCCCGUGUUUCAGAAACUCCACGAGAGGUUCACCAAACUGGAGGCCCUGAGCAUCAUCCCGAUUCCCUGACCCCGGCCACAGGACCUGGUUAGCGAGCGGCCUGGCUGCACUGCGCGGGUCUGAGACACAGUCCGUUCCAUCUGUCUGUCUGUCGGCCUGUCUGCCCCCAACUAUACACUUUGCACUGACUACAGGCAGUAUAGGACAGGCUGCCCCAGCGCAGUUUCUUGCUGUAUAAAGCUAAGCCUUCACUCUGUGUGUGUGUGUGUGUUUGCACACGUGCCUGGUGUGUGUGCAUAUUUGUUUGCGAGUAUGCGUGUAUUUGUGUGUCUGCACAUGUGUGCGUACAUAUGUUUGUGUGCGAGCAUGGGCUUGUGUACACAAGUUGAGCCAGAGGGAACGUGUGAGUGAGCUUGUGUUGUGCACGAGUGAGUAAGAACGUGAGUUGUAUGAGCUUGAGUUGUAUGGAGGUAUGAGUGUAUCUGAGUGAGUGAGUGUGUGAUCAGUACCCCACCUUCUAAACAUCUUAACCAAUAUCUCAGUGUACAACCCACUGAGGUGAAGCUGGGAGGGAGGGAGGGAGGGAGGAAAGUGUGACUUAUUAAAUUCACUCUGCUGUGUAAUCAAAUAGCAGUAAAUAUAACGCAGGCAACACUUUAUAUUUAACCUCUGCUGUGGGCUCUUGAGAUGUUUCUCCCCGUCGCAGACGUAGCUUUUUCAGGUAGAGAGGAGAUGGAGGGAUUUUAGGAAGGAGAGCUGGAGAAUGAGGUGGGGGGGACAAGUGGCUGUUAAUAAUAAUCCUUGCAUUUGAUAUAGCGCCUGAUCACGUCUUCUAGACAUCUCAAAGCUCCAUAUUCUAACCCGCCAGUAGUAAGUGCCGUGACCCCCAGUCUGGCCACACUGCUCGCGGCUUAUCUGUCUGCGGAGACAUAAAACCCUGAACUUUGUCCUGCUCGAUUGUGUGCGUGGGGGAGGGAAGAGAGGAAGUUGGCUGCAGAGUGCCUAUCACCCUUCACCCAUCUGUCUCACUGUCCCUGUCUGUAAGAAAACUCCUACUCGGGCCAUACAGAACUUAAAAGGGGGAAUUGAGAUAAAUAAGCGUAGGGUAAAGUGAUGUAAAUAGUCUCGACUCGCUACUGGAAAGUAUAAUCCGAUUCCAAUGUACACAAAGUUUUUUUUUAAUCUUCAGGAUGUAGGUUAUGUCUGUGUGUAAAUUUACAGGGAAGUAUAUAAUGUAUUAAAAAGCCGCUGCACAUGCUAAAAAUAAACGACCAAAAGACUCUC